AUGAAACGAAGCGUUCGCGAAGUCGACCCAGACGGGGAUACUCUUCUCAUCCUACGCAAUCCUGAUGCAGCAUUUGCAGUCCUGGAUUUCGGUGCCCUUUGGCCUAAUCUACUGCCAACUCAUAUACCCCCCAAGAUGAACAUAACCGAAAUACAACUAGGAGUCUCCGAAAGGUCUCUUCGUAAGCAGCAGAAUCAGAUUCAACAGAACGAAGAAGAACUACGAUUACGACUCUCAUCGACGCAUCUGACUUUUGCGUCUGCAUACUUUAAAGCAAUGUUGACCAACAACUGGAGGGAGACCAGACCCGAGGAAGGCUAUUCCUUCGUCGUAACUGCUGAAGAAUGGGAUCAGAAAGCAUUACUCAUCCUAAUGAAUAUAAUCCACGGCCAGACGACAAAGAUACCCCGAAUAAUGGGUAUUGAGAUGCUUGCCAAAAUGGCUGUCCUUGUCGAUUAUUAUAAAUGCCACGAAGCGGUAGAAUUUUAUGCGAAAACAUGGAUCAAUAAUCUAAUAGAACCACUUCCUACUUGCUACGGAAGAACGUUCUUGCUUAGGUUAUGUAUAUCGUGGGUAUUUUCAGAAUCCGAAGUUUUCCGAGAAUUGACAAGGGCCGCCUUAUAUCAGAGCAGAGGUCCCAUUCAUUCACUGGGUUUGCCCAUACCAGGGGACGUUAUUGACGCUCUUGAGAUGAAGAGGCAGAAUUUUAUCUCUAAAGUUAUUUCCGAGUUACACGACCUGAAAUCUCGGUUAUGUAAGGAUAAAGGACAUAAGGAUAAAGGCGCCUGCUCCUUCGAAUGUUCUUCAAUUCUACUGGGUGCUCUUAUCAAAGGCAUGAAUUCAAUUCGCAUUCUUGACGACCCACCACCCGAAUUGCUUGAAGGCUAUAGUAUCAUGGCACUCGAAAAGGCUGUGCUAAGUAUCCAGGAGCCAAACUACAGUUCGAUGCCUGAUUCCUACAGCCUUUGCACAGGAGAAACACAUACUCGCGUUAAUAAACUAAAAAUCCGCCGAAAAAUUUAUAUUGGUUUCGGAGACGAUGAUAUUCCAGAUGAAGUUCCGUCUCGCCCCUCAGACAAUCUCGCAACAGAGUCGCACGACACUCCGCAUUGUCCAGAUGAGGUUCCGUUCCGCCCGCCAGGCAAUCUUGCAGCAAAAUUGCACGACACUCCGCGCUAUCUCUUUCGUGUUUUUUCAAAUGCGUCUGCGGGAGAAAACAGUAGCGAAUGCAUGAAAUCUGUCGACGCGCUAGACAACACUUUUGAAGACAUUUUUGCACGAGACCCCUUCACUGUUGCUUUAACUCUCAACGAGCAUCUUAGGUGGCAGCCAAAGUCAUACGGAGAUCCUUUUAUAUCAUGGACAACUUCGCUUCUUGUCGCCAUUCAGUAUGCUAUUUACAAGCAUAAGAAGCAAUCUACCAAAUUGAGCGCGAUUUCUCUAUGCAUUGUUGACACCACUUUAUUCCCCGAUGGAGUGUUCAUGAAAGACAUCGACCUCAUGAACGAAUUCCACGACAAGGUCCCUGAUCACUACCUGGUCAUUGAUAAUGAAGGCUGUCCGCCUACCUGGGGAAACAGAGGGCUCGACAACUUCCGUAAAAUGCGGAACAAACAACAUAAGACCUAUUCUGGCGUUUACUACUUUGGAGAAUACCUUUCACAGGGGCAAACCAAUAUUGAGGGUCGUUCAUGCACAGUGACUUGCGAUAAGAUUAUUAACAGCAACUUGUUUGCCUUUAUGCCUCAAUUCGAAGACGAAUUAAAAGACAAAUCUCUACUUUGGGCAAACGCAGUCAUCAAGCUUCGACAACCGUUCUACACUACGGAGCAAGAGGAGAUGAAUAAUUCAGACUUCAGCGAAGCAACGAUAAUAGCGUUAGAAUUUGAUACGGCAUGGUUUCUGCCUAUGCUAGCCAAUUUACUAGCUCUAAAUCCUCGAACGGCUAGGGAUCCUAGAAUCAUAGGCUGGACAUGGGAGCAUUUCCGUGAGGAGGUAAUGCACCAUUUAUCACCCAAAGUCACGAAUGUUGUGGCCAAUGACAACAUUCCCGAGGUCUUCCAUUUUGGGAAGAUUAUUCAUGAUAUUAUCCGUCACUUUAUACGCGAGUCUGGGACCCCUGGAGGUCGAAAGAUGUUUGGUCCGGGAGACUUAGCAUGGUAUCUCCCUACUGUAGACCAUGACUAUGUGCAGCCACUUAUGCAGAGCUUGGAAACUCUAAGGGGAACUAUACAAGAACUUCAAGAAGAUACAACUUAG